UAGUGUUGAGGAAUUUAGAACUUUCAUACACUUCAAUUAAUUUCGAUCUGUUGUCAUAUUCAGAGAGAAGGGAAAAGAUGGCAGCAAUUGAUGCUAUGAUUGGAACUCUAGGACAAAAGUUAUUUGAGGCUCUUUCAGAACAAACUCGUUUUAUACUUGAUUUUCGAACUGAGUUUGUAGACUUGAAGAUAGAACUCGAGUUUGUCAAGGCCUAUCUUAUAGACAUGGAUAGCUUAAAGAAUGUAUCUAACAAGGUCGAAACUGUCAAGAGAAGCCUGAAGGAAAUGAGAGACAUUGUGUUAGAGGCUGAUGACAUACUAAUAGAUUGUAUAUUGAGAGAUGAAUAUAAGAAAAAAGGAUUCUGCUCCAGUUUCUCCCUUAGCAACUUAAAAUUUUUAUACGAUACAGGGAGAAAGUUGAAGGAUAUCAACUUGCGAAUCAAGAAGAUAAAGAAUAUCUUGGAAACUUAUUUAAAUCCUCAACUGUCCAGCAGCAUUAAGGGAGAUAAUAGUUAUACAAGAUUCUCCUCACCGAAUUUUGAUCCAUAUGAGAUAAUUGAAAGAGAAGGUAGUGUGGAAGUGAUAAAAGAUUGGAUUCUUAAAAGCCAAGACGAACUUCUUCAUGUUGGCAUAGUAGGGAUGGGAGGAUUGGGAAAAACGAUGAUUGCCAAGAAAAUUUUCAACGAUAAGAACGUAAAUGAUCGUUUUGAUAAAAAAAUCUGGGUGUCAGUCUCUCAAGAUUUUACUGAGGAAAGGAUCAUGAAAAAUAUGUUGGAGCAAUUAGGAUAUCAAGGAAGUUUUUUGGAUGAUUUGAGUUGGAUGAUGCGGAAAUUUAAUGAAUUAAUAGUUAAGGAUAAGUCGUAUCUCCUUAUUAUGGAUGAUGUUUGGACCGUGAAAUUUGAGUGGUGGAAUGAAAUUUGUUCCUGUCUAAAACAAUCAUCUGAUAGAAACAACUGUGUCAUAAUCACGAGUAGAAAUGAAAGGGUUAUAGUUUCCAUGGGACACGAUAGUUCGCACAUUCAUUGGCCACCAUUUUUAGAUGAAAAUCAAAGUUGGUCUUUAUUAUGCAAGGUAGCAUUCGCCCCAAACAAGGGUGAAUGCCCAAGUGAUCAACUCAAACAAAUAGGCAUGGAGAUACUCCAGAAAUGUAAAGGGCUUCCCCUAGCAAUCAAGGCAAUUGGAGGAUUACUAGCUUCAAAAGGAUUCUACCCAAUUGAAUGGGAAAAUGUUAACAAUAAUUUUCAUGAGUUGACGAUGGAGAAAGAUAACGAAACUAGUUUUGUAGUGGCUUCUUUGCAGCUUAGCUACAACCAUCUCCCCAGUCAUCUUAGACAAUGUCUCUUAUGUUUCUCCAUCUACCCAGAAGACUAUGUGAUAAAUGCUGAAAAAUUAGUUCACUGGUGGGUUGGAGAAGGCCUCGUCCAUAAUAGUAUUAAUAGAGAUUCUUUUGGUAUCUCUGUUACAGAACUGGGUUUUAAGUAUUUAUCAGAACUUAUUAGCAGAUGCUUGGUUGAAGUAGCAGGGCCAGACAUGGAUGGAAAGAUCUACAAUUGUCGGGUGCAUGAUAUGGUACGAGAUCUUCUUAUUAUGAGUGUAAAAUAUGAGGGACUAGGCAACUUCGACGAGAAGGGUAAGCAGAAGCCCACAGCAGAUACUCUAUGGUUGGGUCUUUCAAGUGAAAUUGCAGAGGGAAAAUCACUAACAACUAGUCCAAAGCUACGAGCACUGGUAUUAAUGAAAAGUGGGAGUAAACUUCAUUUCGACAAAAAAGUUACAACGCGAUAUCUCAACUCCAUCAGAGUCUUGGAUCUGUCUAAAAUUGAACUAGACACUUCACAAGAAGAUCUUUUUGAUUGGCUGAGUUGCCUUAAACGUCUGGCAUGUUUGAACCUUAGUGGAGUUACAGGCCUGAAAGAGUUACCAUCUUCAGUUGAGAAACUCCUUAACCUCCAAAUCUUGGUUCUAAAUGGAUGCACUAGUUUAUCCAAAGUGCAUCCAUCAAUCACUAAUCUGAAAAGGUUGAUCAUCUUGGAUCUUGGAUCUUGUCCUCUCCUCAAAUCUCUGCCACAAGGAAUAGAAAAGCUAGUUCGUCUCCAAGAACUGUCAGGACUGAGGUUGGUGAAGCAAGACGAUAACAAAAGCUGCAAGCUGAUUGAAUUGGGGAAGCUGAUGGAUCUGAGAGUGCUACGCAUAAACAUUUGCAGUGAGACUGAAAUUUCACAGAAUGAAUUGGAAGUGUUAUCUCAACUUAAGAAACUCAAGGUUUUAUCGAUUGACACUGAGGACUGCACAGAUCACGAGAUUUCAGAGGCUUUGGGUUGGCUUUCUCAUCCCCAGUUCCUUGAGGAGCUAUACUUGAAGGUUUAUGGUUCUAGGUUUAUGCCAGUAUGGGUAAAUCCAGUGCAACUCCCAAGGUUGCGGUAUCUUCAUUUGGAAACAGCUCAAUUCCAUCUUUUUGAGAUGGAAGCUAUCAGCAAUUGGAAACAGACAAGAUGGAACCUUGAAGUGUUGAGCUUUACGUUAUUGGAAAUGAAAAAUAAACUUGUGUUCUUUACUGAUAAGAUGAGGGAGACGAUGCAUUCUCUUCGUUAUCUGGUUUAUAAACCUGUUUUUUCCAUGAAGAUGGAACCAUUUAGUUCUUGUCCAUGGUAUCGUUUUAGUAUGGUUAAUCCUUCACGGCCGAUGAUGACAAGCGGGAAGCUAAUUUCCACCAUGGGGAAAAUCUCUUUUCAAGAUGAUUUUCCAGUCUUCCGCUUUCGUCUCGUCCAACCCUGGUACCCAAAUGUUUAUUGAACACCAUCAAAACUUAAGACAAGC